AUGUCGACAUUGGACAAAAAUAUUAUAAAGACAGCUGUGUAUGACACUGAUCGCAAGGAUCAGUUAAAUGAAGUUCAAGCGUUAGAAAGCAUAUAUUCCGGUACACCAGAAUGGUUCUCGUACACUACAGGCAACGAUUCACAGAUAAGAGGUUGCAUAACUGUUAUAUUAUCCAAAAUUGAAAACGGCAUUGCUGUCCGUGCAGAUGAGGAAGUUAUUCACCUUAAUCAUCUUCCACCUUUAUUGCUAUGCUUUACAUUUCCUCAGGAUUAUCCGUCACAUUCCAUGCCGUUAUUUUCUCUUCGUGCAAGUUGGCUUGAUUCAAUUAAUAGGCAUCGGUUGAGAGAAAUUUUAAUUGAUUCAUGGACGAAUUAUCUUGGCAUGCCUAUUUUGUUCACAUGGAUUGAACUGUUAAGAGAAGAAGCUAUGAAGAUUAUACUAUCCCAAAAGAAUAUUGACUUAAAUAAAAUUGUUUUAGAGGAAAACGAAACUGAAGCAAUGAAAAAAAAGUCGGCUGAACUUCUGAAAACAUUUGUUGAAUUUAAUGAUAUGGCGACGCAAAAUGAUUUCGAGAGUGAAUGGUAUGACUGCGAGGUAUGUUUUAGCUCGAAAAGUGGUAAAGAAUGUAUUAGAUUUAUGCCAUGUGGCCAUGUCUUCUGUAUGGAAUGUAUUUCGGACUAUUACCGCCAAAGGCUGCGUGAUAAUUUGAUUCCACAAUUACAAUGCCUAAGUAUUGGGUGCGAUAGUCCUGCGACUCAAGCACAGAUUCGGCGAGUAUUAUCUGAUACAGAAUUCGAAAUUUAUGAACAACGUUUGCUAGAAGGGGCAUUAGAUUUGAUGUGCGAUGUAGUUAUAUGUCCAAGGAUAUCGUGCCAGGCUCCUGUUAUUGUUGAUGGCGGUGAAAAUUCUAGUUUGGCAAGCUGUACCCUAUGCCAUUACUCUUUUUGCAUAUUGUGCAAAAAAGCUUACCAUGGUAUAGAACUGUGUUCUUUAACUGAAGAAUCAAGAAGAAAAAUGCUGAGCCAAGUGGCAACUGCUAGUCCUGCUCAGCUUGAACAAAUCUAUAAAAGAUGUGGUGGCAAAAAGCACCUUGAACAGAUGCUUGAGGCAUUAAAAAGUGAAGAAUGGAUAGAAUGCAAUAGUAAACCUUGUCCAUCAUGCCAGGCCAAAAUUGAAAAGAACAGUGGUUGCAAUAAAAUGGUGUGCAUAAAAUGCGGGCAUUAUUUUUGUUGGCUUUGUGGUAUUUCGUUAGAUAAGAAUGAUGCGUACAGCCAUUUCAAUCUACCUGGACUAGGGAGUUGUUACAAUCGUCUGUUCGAAGGUGUUGAGGAUGAUGGUUAUGAUGUGGAAGAUUAA